GACUCAUCCCAGCCUCUCCCUUCUCCCAGCUUUUGCCCACACUCUGCCUCCUGACGUGACUUCCCUUGUCCUCUCUUAGCUAAGUCCUGCCCAUGUCACACGACUGGAUUUGGGGACUGGAGUCAAGGACAGAGAGUCCCUGCCUCUUCAGCGAUAUGCCCCCCCCACCCCCCUGCUCCCGUUUCAUAGACAAGGCGACCCAGAGGUGGACUUGCUGGGCCUCCCAGCUCGUGGGGGGCGGAGCAAGAGUACUAAGCUCCUUGUAGCCUUGUGUCCUGGCACCCCUGUGGCUGGGGACAGUUCUCUUCACCCACGUGACUCUGCCCCCAGGCAGAGGGUCCAGAUUAGGGCCUGCGCUGCCUGCCUCACUUACCCUAAUCCCCUUCAAGUCUCAUCCCCGCCCGCCAUCGGUUCUCAUGGUAGGGGUGCAUAAGCAGCUUUAUGGUUCCUGAGAACCAGGGGUGCUCCCUGGUCUUGCGUCUCUGAGCCCGUCGUCCCUCCCCACAUGGCCGCAGAGCAGGCGAGGGGGCUGCAUGGCCCAGACCCGGCCCCCAGCCCGCAGAAGCCUCCUGCGGGGGUCGUGGCUUCCAGGAGUGGUGCUGAGGGCCUCCUCUUGACCAGGAAGAGGAGCAAGAAGGAGAGGGGGCUCCGAGGGUCCCAGAAGGGUGCUGGCAGCUCUCAGGAGCAGACCCCUCUCCCGGGUCCCGAGGCCCCAGGGAGCAGCAGGAACCCCUCUGGGACUGGAGGACAGGAGGGGACGGGUCCUGCAACCCCAGGGCCAGCCUCCCGUCGCCAGUCCCACCGGCAUCGCUCUGGCCCCCAGCACGAUGCUGCUCAGAAGACAUACGGACCCUUGCUCAACCGCAUCUUCGGGAAGGACCGCGAGCUGGGCCCCGAGGAGCUGGAUGAGCUGCAGGCCGCCUUUGAGGAGUUUGACACUGACCAUGAUGGCUACAUCGGCUACCGGGAGCUGGGCGACUGCAUGAGGACACUGGGCUACAUGCCCACCGAGAUGGAGCUCAUCGAGGUCUCCCAGCACGUCAAGAUGAGGAUGGGUGGCCGCGUGGACUUCGAGGAGUUUGUGGAAUUGAUGAGCCCAAAGCUGAGGGAGGAGACGGCGCACAUGCUGGGGGUGCGGGAGCUGCGCAUCGCCUUCCGAGAGUUUGACAGGGACAGAGAUGGACGGAUCACCGUGGCAGAGCUGCGACAGGCAGCACCAGCUUUGCUGGGGGAGCCACUGGUGGGUCCUGAGCUGGAUGAGAUGCUCCGAGAUGUGGACCUCAACGGGGAUGGCACCGUAGACUUUGAUGAGUUUGUGAUGAUGCUUCUCACCCACUGAGGCUCCAGCAGGGAGAACCUGUUGUCCCU